CUCUGCCCACCCGUGGCGCUUCCGCCCCGCGCGCGGGAACGGCGCGAGGAGCGCGCGGAGCCGUGACCCCGCGGUGACCCCACGGUGACCCCUCCGUGACCCCGCUCAUGGACGGGGAGGGGGAGGGGGAGAGCGAGGGCGCGUCCGCCCCGCCGGGCGCUGCCGCCCUGCUGUACCUGCCGGACGGGUCGGCGCUGCCGCUGCCGCUGGAGCCGCCCCCGGGCCCCACGGCCGCGGAGCUGCUGCGCCGCCUGCAGGGGGCGCUGCGCCUCCCGCCCGCCGCGGGGGACGCGCUCGCGCUGUGGUUGGGGUCGGAGCUGCUCGAGGUGCAGCUGAAGCCGCGGCACCGACCCCUGCGCCUGGUCCGGCACUGGCCGGAGCUGCUGCUGCGCUUCAGCCUCGGCUCGCCCGCGGCCAUCGCCCAAGAUGAGCCGUGUCUGCAGCUCCGCAGGAACGUGUUCUUCCCUAAGAGCCGCGAGCUGGAGCUGCAGGAGGAGGAGCUGCUCCGGUUGCUCUAUGAGGAGGCGCGGGAGCAGCUGAGGGGGGGUCGCUACCCCGUGGACCCUCCCGAGGCGGCCGAGCUGGGGGGGCUCAGCUGCCGCCUGCGCCUGGGGCCCUUCGAGCCCGGCCGGCACACGGAGCUCAGCCUGCGGCCGCUGCUGGGGGAGCUGCUGCCGCCGGGUCCUCCGGCCCGCUGGGGGGCGCUGUUCCGGCGCUCUCGCGAGCCGGGCCCCUCCCAGCGGCUGCUGGAGGCGUUUGCGCGUGCGCCGGGCCCCGAGGCGCCCCCUGCCGGAUUGUACCGGGACUUCCUGCGGCGCUGCCACGCCCUGCCCGGCUACGGGUGCGCCUUCUUCCCUGGAGCCAUCGAGCGCCUCGGGGGGCUGCUGGGCCGGGGGGGGCUGCGCCCCGUCAGCGUCGCCGUGGGGCUCGAGGGGGUCACCAAUGACCCCCGGCAGAAGCACGUGCUGCUGUCCCUGACGUACCCCGAGCUGUGCUGGGAGCUGGUGGGGGCCGUGGGGCAGGACGGGGACCCCGAGGGACAGGACGGGGACACCACAGAGCCCCAGCUGUGGCUGGAGUUCGAUGGGGACCACGAGGGAGCCCCCGUGAACCGACUGCUGCGGGUGUUCUCCCCCCAGGCGGAGCUGAUGAGCGCCCUCAUCGAGUGCUGCAUCGAGCUGGGCGGGGCGGCCCCGCCCACCGAGGGACAGGCCCCGCCCACCGAGGGACAGCCCCGCCUGCAGCGCCUCGCCACCAUCGACUACGUGCGGGAGGGGCAGGAGCUGCGGCGGGUGAAGCCCCCCCGGCGCUCGGCGUCCUUCUUCAGCCGGGGGGGUCUGGGGGCGGCUCCUACAGCCCCGUGGCGGGGGGCUCGGGGGGAGCCGGCUCCGAGCAGGGCUGAGCCCCCCCAAACCCCUCCCAGUUCAGACUGGGAGCACUGGGAACCCCCGAGACCUCCCCCCCUUGUACCCACAUCCCAAUAAACUGCACUGACCCCCCUGCCCUCUCUCCCCACGCAGGGUUUGGUGGAAUUUGGGGCUAAUCCAGAGCAGUUUGGGGAUGAUUCGGGGUGAUUUGGGGCAGAUCAAAGCUGAUUCAGGGUGGGUUGCAACUUAUUUGGGAUGUUUGGGGUUAAUUCACGGCAGUUUUGAGCUGGUUUGGGAUAUUUGGGGCAUUUUCAGGCAGCUCCUGGGGGUGUGAGGCCACUUUCGGUGGAGUCGGGACAUUUUGGGGCCAGUUCUGGGGGAAUUUGGGGAUUAUUCCA